AUGGACCAAACUCUAUAUUUGAUUCUUCUUCUCAUUGCUCUCUGCUCCGUAUCUGAAUGUGUUCAGCGUCGGUAUCACUUUAUAAACGUGAGGAAGACCUGGACUGAAGCUCAGAUAUUCUGCAGAGAGAAUUACACAGAUCUGGCCACCGUUGACAACAUGAACGACAUGAACGAGCUGAAGAAGAGUGUGCAUGAUAGAGGUGAUCAGUUUAUCUGGAUUGGGCUGCAGAGGAAAUGGCAGUGGUCUUCAGGUGGACCUGCGCUCUAUCUGAACUGGGAACGUACACAACCUGAUGGAAAAGAUGAGUGUGCUGUGAUGAAAAAUGGAAAAUGGCAUGAUAGGCCAUGUAGUAACAGGAGGAGUUUCAUCUGCAAUUCAUCUAACAACAUGAACACAGGACUCGUCUUUGUCAAUCAGAGGAAGAACUGGAGAGGCGCUCAGAGUUUCUGCAGACAGAGACACAUUGAUCUGGUCAGUGUGAGGAACCAGAAUGAGAGUCAACAGGUUCAGAAGUUCAUCAAUGAUAAUCACAGAUCUACUGAAGAGAUCUGGAUCGGUCUGUUCAGAGACUCAUGGCAGUGGUCAGAUCAGAGUAACUACUCAUUUACAUACUGGUAUACUGGUGAACCUAAUAAUGAUGGAGGAAAUGAAAACUGUACAGUGAUCAGACCAAACGCUCAGAGUCGAUGGUAUGACAUCUCUUGCAACCGUCAAUUUCCUUUUGUGUGUCACGAAGAUAAACUGAUUCUGAUCACUGAGACUCUGACGUGGACUGAAGCUCUGAGAUACUGCAGACAGAAUUAUACGGAUCUGGUCUCGGUUCAUUCAGUCCAGAUGCAGCGUCGUGUGAUGAAUGUGGUUAAACGUGCGUCUACUGAGGCGGUGUGGUUGGGUUUACGUCACUCCCGUAUUCUGGACAUCUGGUACUGGGUGAGCGGAGACACCGUGUGCUAUCAGAACUGGGCUUCAGGGAACGGCACAGACGAGGACUGUGAGCGUACAGUGAGAUUUGGAGCAGUUCAGACUGGAGGAGAUCAGCGCUGGAUCAGCCUUCCUGAACACGAUAAACUCAACUUCAUCUGCAGCAGAUAUUAGGAGUGAAGGAUGUUUGGGUUGUUCUUAUUCAAAUGUUUUUUAGCUGGCAAACAUCAUCAGAUAUUGUGCUUAUAAGUUCUAUAAUUUAAAAGAAUCACAUGAGUCUUUUUACUAUCAAUGUAAUUUUCUUUGGGCAUUUCAAAUACUAAUGUGCACUAUAUGUUUUAAAGACCCCAUCACAUCAAAAUGAGUUUUCAUCGGUGUGGCUUUUACAAAAAUGUAGAUUAUGAAUUUGUAUUUAUUC